AUGUCACCAUUCAUAACAUUUUAUUUAAUUAUCAUCACUUAUCACAUCACUCCCGGAAAACAUCGAAUAUCAGCGAAUGUAGCAAAAAAUUUUACAAUCCCUUUAGAUACAAAACAUGCUCUCACUUUUUACUCUAAACACUAUUAUUGUAUAACUAUAUACGGAGCGUACAAAAACACGUCCGCCCAGUAUAAUAAUAAUAAUAAUAAUAAUAAUAAUAAUAAUAAUAAUAAUAAUAAUAAUAAUAAUAAUAAUAAUAAUAAUAAUAAUAAUAAUAAUAAUAAUAAUAAUAAUAAUAAUAAUAAUAAUAAUAAUAAUAAUAAUAAUAAUAAUAAUAAUAAUAAUAAUAAUAAUAAUAAUAAUAAUAAUAAUAAUAAUAAUAAUAAUAAUAAUAAUAAUAAUAAUAAUAAUAAUAAUAAUAAUAAUAAUAAUAAUAAUAAUAAUAAUAAUAUAAAAUUAAAAGUUGGUGGGAAUAGCAUAUACAAAUAUGAAUUACAAGUUCUGAAACCUUUGUUCAAAGGAGACAUCGGGCCGUCAGACAUAGGAGACAUAGGAGUAGGGUCGCGAGAGCGUCAUGCUACUGUAAAGACCUAUCGUGUAAUAGUUGCGAUUUUACCAAUUCCACCGAAAUUAGAGAGGCUGCAAGCCUACCUUCACUUCAUACACAGAGGUCAAGACACCUCCAUAAUCAAGACGUCCACGAGUAACGCCAAUAUGGCGUUACGGAUGCCAAAGAAGAAAGCCUCAGAGAUGACGGAUCCGUUAAAAAUGAUCAACAAAACCAACACAAGAUUGCAAAGGCUCGAAGCCCUUGACAUUGAGAGAUUAUUCAAAGCUGGAAAGGAAAAAAAGUUAAAAAAUAAUGCAACACCUAACCUCAUAACACAAAGACCAAAAAAGAUCAAUGUACUACAAACAACAGAAGGUAAUACGGAUAAUGAGAAUGAAUGGUUAACUCCUAAAAAUACAAUAAGAUCACAACCAGCAGGAGAUGAAAUAAAUCCCACAAGUAUCAGCAACCAGUAUUUGGCACUGGAUGACAAUGAUAUGGACGACAGUACUAGCGUAGAUGGCAGCCGCAGCGCCCCUCGUAAGCCGUCACAAAUAUCACAAGGCACGUCAACUCAACAACAACAACCUCAAAAUACGUACAAAUACAAACUGCCUCCAAUAUUUAUAUGCGAUAUAAACAAAAAAUCAUUCACAAUACAUGUAAGCUCAGGUAAGCAAACCAUAUCAAAAAUUAGUCACGAAACUCAUGACAAUAUCAAAGAAGAGUUGAAAAAACAACAUACAGAGUUUUAUACGUACACUAAAAGAGACAUAAAAACACAGACACUUGUUGUUAAAAAUAUUAGAGGAGAUUUUAAAAGUGAAGACAUGUUAAAAAAAACUUCAAGAACUUCAACUGCAAAACGUGACAAUAAUCAAGGUACUCCAACUGCCAACUAG